CUUGCAAACGUAAUAUUUUUGUUUUUAUGAAAAUUAUUCACUGUUUCUUGUAAAUAUAUAAUAAAUUAUGUUAGUAUUGUUAGUUACAAUAUUGUAUGUUGAAAAUUGAGUAAGGUAGUAUUUUAUUWUAAUUUGUUCAUUCCACGGAAUGGAUCCUGUCUUCUGAAUGGACACUUUUAAUUGGUAUCUGGAGAGAACUUCAGCRUUGCAACAAAUCAAACCUAUAGGUUUGUACGACCUUUCAAAUUUACAGCUGAGAUUUUUGUGUCCACAAGACAUCAAUGAAGUGAACGCUUUGUGUGUUGAUUGUUUUCCUGUGGAAUACCCUAGAUCAUGGUAUGAAGACAUUACAUCAAAUCCAAAGUUUUAUACUUUAGCUGCUAUACAUAAAUCUGCUAUUAUUGGCAUUAUAGUAGCUGAAAUCAAAUUAUAUAUAAAAUUAACUCCUAAGGAAAGGGAAAUAGUUUCACCAUCUGCAGGAAAAUUUACUCAAGUUGGAUAUAUCUUGAGUUUAGGUGUUAGUAAAGCAUAUAGACGAAACGGCAUAGCGUCAUUGUUGUUAGAUAAUCUUAUAUCGCAUUUGACUUCUGCAGAAUCUCAAAACUGUAAGGCAAUUUUUUUACAUGUACUUUCUAGCAACUCAUCUGCAAUUGCUUUUUAUGAAAGAAAGAGUUUCAGGUUACAUUCAUUCCAUCCUUAUUAUUAUAUGAUUAACGGAAUUAACAAAGAUGGAUUUGCAUAUGUGCUGUAUAUAAAUGGAGGACACCAACAAUGGAUGAUCUUUGAUAUUUUGAAGUAUAUUUAUACUACAGUUUGUGAAUUGGGUGUUGUCAGAUGGACAAUUAGCAAAGCUCGAAAAGCUGCUAGACGCUUUUGGCCAAGAAUUAGACGAAUYGCUUCACAGAAUACCAGUACUAUUAUGAUUGACUGUAGCUGAGAUAUAUUAAUAUAACAUGAAUAUUUCAAAUUCUAUCUGCCAAUCAGUUGAUACAUUAAGCGUAUACAUUAAAUUUUUAAGGUUACUCUAUUAUAACCUCACCUUUUGUCUUCUUAUUAUUUAUUAAUACUGUUGUAGUAACAGGAACAUUAUACACUAAGUUGAUUAAGUUGUUCAUAUUCAACAAAGUAAAUAUCUUAUACAAAUAUAUUUUUUAAGGUCAUUAAAUUACUAUCGGACAAAGAAUGGAACAAUAUUUUUGGAGCUAAUAAAUUUACUUGCUUAUACUUAAUUAUACUUACUGAUUACUUCCAAACUAUUGCAGUUUAUCAUUUUUUAUACAGCAAUAAUAAUUCUAAUUAAAAAAAAAAAAAGUGUGCCUAUAAAUUUAAAGAUUUUACUAUGAAUUUUUCUACCAUAGUAUUUGUGUCAAAACUAUUGUAUAACUACCAAUUUUAGGAAUUUCAUAAAACAUUYACCCUUAAUUUUAUAAUCUUAACAAUCUAAAAUUAU